AUGAACGAUUUGGAUGAUUUAAAGUAUUUUGAUCGUCGGAAAGCUGAUUCUGAGACAUUCUUGAUACCGUCCGAUUUCGCAAUGGCUUCAGAGCUUGAUGAUGUCUGGCGGAACAGCGAUGAUUGGGCCCUUUAUAGUAGUGGCAAAUUUGAGGGUGAUAUGGAUAUAAACAUCAUUGAAUUGGCAAAUAUUUAUCCAAACAUUGAUAACGACGACACAAAUCCGCAAAACAAUAUACUGUACAACGCGGUACGAAAUCGACACCAAUUGUGGCCUAAUUCACGAAUACCGUAUGCCAUGAGUAGCCAGUACAGUCCAUAUAGUCGUUCAGUAAUAGCAGCUGCAAUGCAGGAGUAUACACAACGUACAUGUGUUCGUUGGGUACCACGAUCUAUUGAAGAUUAUGAUUAUAUCUACAUAGUGCCCGAUCGAGGAUGCUAUUCAAUGGUUGGCAAAACUGGUGGUAGACAAACGGUAUCGCUCGGUACAGGGUGCAUACAAAAGGGCAUCAUAAUGCAUGAACUGAUGCACGCGGUUGGGUUUUUCCAUGAACAAUCCAGAACUGAUCGAGAUAAACACAUAACAAUACUCUGGGGAAAUAUACAACCUGGAAUGCAGGGGCAAUUUGAAAAAUACGAUCACGGUAUGAUCGAUUCACUUGGCGCUGAUUAUGAUUACGAUUCGAUUAUGCACUACGGAUCGCGAGCAUUUAGCCGCAAUGGUCAACCAACAUUACUGCCGAAAAUUCCUGUUGCUAUUGGUACGACUGAAAUGCAGAGACUAGCGGAAACCCCAGCUUCUAAAACCAAUGAAAGUCGGAAACCCACAAAUGCAUCCACACUUCUGACCAUCACUGAAUCUUGCAAAAACAUUCGUUUGGAUUGCGACGAACUCGUCAACUAUGGAUGGUGUACAGGUAACCCACGAUGGAUGAAACAUUACUGCCCGAAGAGCUGCAGCAUGUGCAGCAAUUCCACAGUUCAGCCAUGUGUGGAUCAACGGCCAGACUGUUUUACACUUGUGCAAAAUGGCUACUGCACAAUUUCGAACGCAUUUAUGCAGGCUUUCUGCCCCGAAUCAUGUGGUUUUUGCAAACUAGUAGAAGUACUAAGCAACGAAACAGUGACAACAAAAUUAUCAAUUACAGGUACAGUAAUAACACCUACAACAGAGGCAACAACGAGGAAAUUCAACAGACUGAAACAAUCGUUUGGAACCGCAUGGAGAAGGCUCAUCAAUUCAAAAAUAAAUCCUGCUGAAAUAUCUUCUGCGCAAAAAACGUGCAGUGACCGGAAACGUUUCUGCACUCAUUGGAAAAAUGUUGGAUUCUGCAAAGGAUUGUUUUCCAGUUUUAUGCUGGAAAACUGUCAGCGGUCAUGUAAAAUAUGCACCGACGAAGAUGAUGAUAAAUUUUCCGAGUAAAUGAAACACUUGUCAUGGCUCAUUAAAAAGCCAUACGGACCUUGAUUUCAAAUAUUAAAACAAAUUAAGUGUUAGAAUAUAGCUUCUCUUACUAUUACCCUAAUCGUAACACUAUGCAUAAGGAAGUUCAACUGCAAAAAAAUAACAGUAUAAAAUUUGUUUUCAAGGGAUUCGAACUGUUAUCAGGAAAGAGAAAAACUGUUGGUAAACAAUGAAGGAAUCCGACCGUAGCAAAUACUGUGUUUCUCCG